AUGAGGUUGUUGUUAAAUGUUCAGGUUGGAUGCACCAGUUUUGAAGAUAUCCCAACUGUUGAUGGUCAUGUAUAUGAUUCAUACAGGGAAGCUUGUGGUGCAUUACAUUUAUUGGAAGAUGAUCGAGAAUUUAUUGAUUCCAUUGUUGAAGUUGCAUUACUUGGAUCUGGUUUUUCCAUUCGAAAAAUGUUUGCAAAUUUAUUAAUGUCCAACUCCAUGAGUGAUCCUUUUAACGUAUGGGAACAACUAUGGGAAACAUUUGCUGAUGGCAUUUUAUAUCAAAAACGUCGGGAAUUGAAAUUGCCAGAUUAUGUUAUGUCUUCCGAAGAUUUAAAAGAAUCAUGUCUUAUUGAGAUUGAUAAUUUUCUACGUGAUAAUGGAAAAUCACUUAAUGAUUAUGAAUGCAUGCCACAAUUAAAAGAUCCAAACAAUGGUAUGUUCAACAAUAUUUUGCUCGAAAAUGAGUUUAAGUACGAUUGUGAUGAAAUGAAAAAACUGCAUGAUCAGUAUUUCAAAGAAUUAAAUUCAGAACAAUUGUCCGCUUAUCAAUCUAUCUGUGCUACUGUUGAUGAUGGAGUUGGCACAAUGUUUUUUGUUGAUGGUUACGGUGGCACUGGAAAAACUUUUUUGUGGAAAACUCUUUCUUAUAGGUUGCGUUCAGAAGGAAAAAUAGUCGUAAAUGUUGCGUCUAGUGGUAUAGCUUCUAUUUUGCUGCCAGGUGGCAAAACUGCUCAUUCGCAGUUUGGACUUCCGUUAGUUUUAACUAAGGAAUCGUGUUGCAAAAUUAAUAAAGGUAGUGAUAAAGCAAAAUUGCUAAUUGUGACAAGUUUGAUUAUUUGGGAUGAGGCACCAAUGAUUCAUAAAUGGGCAUUCGAAGAAUUUGAAAGAACUCUCCAAGACAUAAUGAGUGAUAUCGAUAUUAAAAAUAAAACGUUGCCUUUUGGUGGGAAAACCGUUGUUUUUGGUGGAGACUUCAGACAAAUCUUGCCCGUUAUUCCUAAGGGAACUCGUGCAGACAUUGUUCAUGCAACCAUGAAUUCAUCCUACCUAUGGCGUAGGUGCAGAGUUUUAUGUUUAACAAAAAACAUGCGAUUGCAAUUUUCGUCAAACUCAAUUGAAAAUGCUCAAUUAAAAGAAUUUGCUGAAUGGAUACUUGAUAUUGGGGAUGGCAAAAUUGGUGUUCCUGAAGAUGGCGAAUCUAUUGUUGAAAUUCCUAAAGAUAUUUUGAUAAGAAGUUUUUUGAAUCCUAUUGGUGAUGUUGUUGAGGCAAUUUAUCCGAAUCUACUCGAUAAUAUGUUCACUCCAAAUUUCUUUCAGGAUCGAGCUAUUCUUGCUCCAACAUUAGAGGUUGUAGAAAAAAUAAAUGAUUAUGUGCUUGCGUUGAUUCCUGGUGAUUCCAAACAGUAUCUUAGUUGUGAUUCAAUAACAAAAGGUGAUAAUGAUGUCGGUGUGGAUCAUAGAUGGAUUACAACUGAAUUCCUAAAUGAAAUUAAAUGUUCUGGGAUGCCAAAUCACAGACUGAUCAUUAAAGUUGGUGUUGUGAUCAUGCUUUUGAGGAAUGUCGAUGUCUCUUCCGGUCUUUGCAAUGAUACACGUCUAAUAGUUACUUACAUGGGAAAAAAAGUUAUUGGUGCUCAAGUUGUCACCGGAACUAAUAUUGGCGACAUUGUUUAUCUGUCAAGAAUGAGUCUAUUACCGUCUGAUGCUAAUGUUUCAAUCAAUUUUCGGCGGCGUCAAUUUCCCGUUUGUUUGUGCUUUGGCAUGACUAUUAACAAAAGUCAGGGUCAGACAUUGUCCCAUGUUGGUUUAUAUCUUCCGAGACAAGUUUUUACCCAUGGUCAAUUAUAUGUUGCAGUUUCCCGUGUUGAAACUAGAGCUGAUUUGAAAAUUCUAAUCACUAAUGACAAUGAUGUCGGGAAAACAAACACGGUUAAUGUUGUUUAUCCAGAAGUCUUUCAAAGAAUUUAUAUUUGA